AUGGACGGACUUCUCAUCAACUCGGAAGAUAUCAUCACAGAUUCCAUCAACCGGGUCCUAGAAAAGUAUGGGAGACCUGCCAUCACCGGCUCCAUUCGCGCUCAGAUCAUGGAUAUAUAUCAAAAUUUUCCCAACUGCAAGCCAAUGCCCGGUUCGGAGAAGCUCCUCUCGGCCCUCGGCCAUGCACGCAACAUUAAUGGAGAGCCGAUUCUCCUAGGACUUGCGUCCAGCACCAAAACAGAGAGCUUCGAUUUGAAAGCUACGCAGCCCGAGACUAAACGGCUUCUCGACCAUAUUCACCCUGAUCGUAGGGUUUUGGGUGGGGAUCCUCGGCUGCGCCAGGGACGAGGGAAGCCAGCACCUGAUACAUACCUGCUCGCACUACAAGUUUUAAACUCAGACAGCCAGAAACCCAUAAUGCCCAACGAGUGUUUGGUGUUUGAGGACAGCGUAACCGGAGUCGAGGCCGGACGGAGAGCUGGAAUGCGAGUGAUUUGGGUGCCGCACCCGGACGUAGCAAAGGAAUACGAGUCGAGGAAGGAAGAUGUCUUGGCCGGGAGGUGUGGGACAUCCAACCUUGGGGAAGAGUGGCAGCUAGGGGAAGUUGAUGACGGGUGGGCAGAAUGUAUCUCGAGUCUCGAGGCUUUUGACUUCAAGAAGUAUGGAAUAAGUAUCAUAUAG